AACCAGGAGCUCAUCCUGCAGGGAGAAAAGCUCAUCCCGCACAGUAACGCAUUUCUGACCCAAAAAGGCGAUCAAUCUUUCUUUUUUUUUUUUUUUAGAUAAUUUUUUAUGGUUGAUCUGACUCCAGGGUGGGCUCAUUCCAGGAUCUAUGAUUGCAGAGCGGCUGUUUCUCUCCUGCGCGCUCCUUUAUGAUUUUUCUAUCUUGAUGAUAUGAAAUUCAAAGGGUCAAGGUCCGCUCUGCCACAGACACGAGUGGAUUUCUUUUUCUUUUAGUGGGAAACAUCUGUCGCGUCGUUCGGAUGGAUUUCUAAUCAUCUGCAGCUGUGAGCGGACCCUGGAGGGAUUAAAGAGCUGGCUGAGGAGGAGCGCAGCGCAGCGGGGCUGUGGGAAUAAAAAACGCGCUGCAGUCAGAUGGAGCAGGAAGCAGCAAUGAUGUGACACCGACCAUCCUGUUGGGAAAACAUGCAGAGGAAGGGUUUAACAUCCAAUCAACCUGCUUAUCUUUGGCCGAACAUCACUAUUUAAAUCGAUUUGUUCCAGUUUAUAGAAGAUUAUAUAAAAAAGGCACCAUGUCGGCGGUGAUGAUAACGCGAAAGGUGCGAAAAUGGGAGAAGCUUCCCGGGAAGAACACCUUCUGCUGCGAUGGGAGGGUGAUGAUGGCCCGACAGAAGGGGAUCUUCUACCUGACCCUGUUCCUCAUCAUCGGGACCUGCUCCCUCUUCUUCGCCUUUGAAUGCCCGUACCUGGCCGUCCACCUGUCUCCUGCCAUCCCAGUGUUCGCUGUGGUCCUCUUCCUGUUCGUCAUGGCCAUGCUGCUGAGGACGAGCUUUAGUGACCCGGGGGUGCUGCCACGCGCCCUUCCAGAGGAGGCCAACUUCAUAGAGAUGGAAAUUGAGGCUGCUAAUGGGAACGUCCCCUCCGGACAGCGGCCUCCACCUCGAAUCCGCAAUGUCCAGAUCAACAACCAGAUUGUCAAGCUUAAAUAUUGCUACACCUGCAAGAUCUUCCGGCCUCCACGAGCAUCUCACUGCAGCAUCUGUGACAACUGUGUCGACCGUUUUGAUCACCAUUGUCCAUGGGUGGGUAACUGUGUGGGCAAGAGGAACUACAGAUAUUUCUACCUGUUCACGCUCACCCUGUCCCUGCUCACCAUCUACAUCUUCGCUUUCGACAUCGUCCACGUCGUCAUGCGCUCUGUGGAUCAAGGCUUUUUGAACACCUUGAAGGAAACACCAGGAACUGUACUGGAGGUGCUGGUGUGCUUCUUCACUCUGUGGUCGAUGGUGGGACUGACCGGCUUCCACACGUACCUGAUCUCUCUUAACCAGACCACCAACGAGGAUAUUAAAGGCUCUUGGUCCGGAAAGAACAGAGGCCAGAAUCCUUACAGCCACAAGAACAUAAUCAAAAACUGCUGUGAGGUUCUGUGUGGGCCAACUUACCCAAGCGUCUUGGACAGACGAGGGCUGAUGCAGGAAGAUUCGCCCACUUUGGUGACCAGUGAAGGCCCUUGCUCCUUUGACAACCCAGUGGCGCAAACUACGAAAACCACGGCUCCACUUAUCCCCAACGAGCACACACCUGAAGAUGUUAAACCAAGCAUUGCAGCCUCGGCAGAAAAGAGCCCCUCCCCUAAAGAAGACCACUCCCCAGCUCCAAAGCUACCACCUCUGGCUUCCCCCGAGACCGAUGUAGAAACAUCCAUCGUCAAAAACCAUUAGCUGGAUGAAGCAGGCAGCCUCGGCCACAGCUGCUCUUUCAGCAUUCUGUUGACUCAUAAACUGAAAAAAACACUAAUAAUCAACAUCUUUGACGGUGUCUUGAUUCUCCUCCCAACGUCCCUCAAAGGAGUGGAGCUCUGGCUGCAGUUCAAGCUCCUCCCUACUCUUCCCGGCAGUUGAUCCAGAGAAGUGUGAUUUACGUUUAACUCCUAGAGGAGGAGGAGUGAAUAGAUCAGAAAAUCAGCAGCUUCCCAUCUCCUGAACACUGCAUGGAAAAGACAUAAAGGAGAGAUGCUGCCUGGAGACCAUGCGCUAAUUGUCAGUCUUAUUUGUUCAUCAUUUGAAAUUGUAAAAUGAAAUUUAUGGCCAGAGGCCAGUUAAAAUAUACUCCUUGCAAGCAUCAGAGAUGAAGGAUCCUGAACAUCUGGUAAAUCAGUAGUCAUCUUUGCUGUACAUAAGUUAAAUACCCUAUGCAAAUCAUAUGAGGCUGGACAAGCAGCUUAGUGAAAAAUGGGCAUAAGCAGUCGUGUGAAUACAUGUGAUGUCCAGGCAGGAGGAGGAUGUGCAAAUCCUAACUGAUCAGACCUUGUCUUCUGAUAUUGCUGCAUUUAGUACUGUUCUCUCAUAUUUGCAUUUGUGCAUCUUUUGUGUGAUCAAUAUCAACUCCUGUGUUUCCAUUUUAUUUCAUGCAGCUAAGGCUGUGUUGUGAUAUUAUGGCUUCUAGAAAGGUGACGUUGAGCCUCUGAGUUAAGGAGAAAGAAAAGGCCCAUAGAGUGUAGACACUCGCAUUAACAGUGCCUUAUCAAUGCAGCUCAACCCAAGUUGGAUAACAGGGAAAAUCCUCCCACAGUGUUAAAUAAAAACUAAGAUCUAAAAUUAAAUUUUACUGUUUGGAAGAACAAAUGGCAACAACUAGCAAUUUGCUGAAAGUUUUUCAAUGGAUUGAAGCUACUUUUUAGGAACUUUUUAGAAAAGGCAAGUUUCUGAGCUUAGCUAUUCUUCGCCCAUUUCCGCCGUCUUUACCUUAGUGUAAAAUACGUUUUUGCUUAAGAAAACUGCUAUAAGACAAUGAAAAUAAUUUAUAUUUCUCCACAUUAGUAAUGUUUGGUUUGUUUUUGUUUUUUUCUUGGAUUUUUGUUUUUUGAAAGACUAUUUUAUCAUAAACCUAAUGUUUUCUGUUAAAUUUAAGCUAAACUAAUUUAUUCCUAAAGCUAGAUCUGGUCAGGCUAGAGGCAUUGAUAUCAUAAUUUAACUGUGAGAACAACAACAGUUAAUUAAGAGGUACAAUAAAAAAAAAUACAAUCUGUUUUAAAAAUAAAAUUGACAAAUAUGUUUUGAUUUAUACGCUUCAAAAACAAUAUUUUCUAGAGAAGAAUUGUUUCCAGCGGUAUUGUCAGAGAACUAAGAUGAACUGAAGUAAUGAUUAGAUAUUUGAGAUACUAUAAGAAUAAAAAGAAAAAAUUUUAUGCUUGUUAUGCACAUUUAAAUUAAGUUGGGAGAACCAGUGUCUUUAAAAUGAGCCUAGCUCAGAUCAGUUUAGCGUAGUAUACUUUAGAUGAAAGUAACUUCCUUCUAAAGAAAAUUACCCAGAAACUACAAAAAUAUUUGUUUUUUGUAAAGUAAGAAUAUUUCAUAUUUUCAGGAAAUGCAAUGUGUAAAGUUCAUUAAUGUUCUUCACAUUAAUUUAAGCAUUUUUUUCUUUUCCUGCUAAGCCAAGCUAAAGCUAAGACAACUGGCCAUCUGUUAAAUCAAACAGCAUCAACUCUUUUGUCUUUAUAAAAAAAAAUAUACAUUUCAUUUUAAAAAGCACUGAAAUAUCCUCUAUAAAUAAAUUUAAGACUCAUAAUUGACUAUUUUAAAUUGGAAAUAAGAUGAACCUUGUGGGUCUAAGGUAGUUUUACUUUAUAAUUUUUUUAGGAACUCUAUUUUGCUGCAAGUUGUCAGUAGAUUAAAACCAAUUAGUCUGAUUAAAAGUUGAAUAAACUAGUUUGUCCGUUUAGUUUAGCCUAGUUUAGCUUUUUGUGAAAAUAAACCCCUGCUCAAGAAAACUGCUUAAACAACACAAACAUUUUUUUUUUCUGUAAAUGUUCAACAAUUUGCCAGUGUUUGGUAUUUUUCACAUUUUAACAGUUUUCUAAGUUUAAGCUUAGCCAUGUAGCUGCUUAUAUUUGGUCUCAAUUUUACAACAAAAAAAAAAUCAAUCAAAUAACUCCAUUACAGAGAAAAAGCCUUAAGUUGAAAAUAUUGUCAUCUAAAUCUUUAUCAAAAUGAAACUGCAGCCAUUUAUUUAUUUCAAUAAUCUUGGAAAGUUUUCCACCAGAAACGGAUUCAUUUUACGGAUACAAGCUUCCAUCGUUGAUGUGCUCAAAAAGACAUCAGCUAAGUAGAUGUUGCUGCGUCACAAAGAAGUGGAAAUGAUUUAAUUGUAUAAUAUGCAAUUAAGUAAAUAUUGUUAUAGCAGGUAGAAGUGUGAUGAAACGUGUUGAAGGAUGGAUAAAGAAGUGUAUUUCGGGUUUAUUUUUCAGCAUCUUCUGUAAAUUAAAGCAGAGGUGACCUUCCUUAGUGUUUUUCUGUUUCUCGCCACCCUCUGCUUCUAAACUUGACUCUUCCUCUUGUCUCUCUUGAUCUUAGCUGUGACAGUUGCUCCAGCAGCGCGCCUACGCCUGCAGCACCUGACACAGCAGACAGCUUCCAUGUUAUCAGAGCGGAAAGAUGAGCUCUAUCUCCUGACAUGUUAGUAUUUAGAAGGUGUUAGCAAGAGUCUGUAGUAGUGACUGUGUUGUAUGCAAGACAGAGUUUGUGUUUGUGUAUCUUACUUGUGUAGACUAAAGUAUUAUAGCUGACAAAUCUACCAACAAAGACUUAAGAGGAAAAACAGGGGUUUUAGUCGUGUGAAACAUGAGACAAAUUUAAGAAAUGCUCUUGCCAAAAUAAUUAACGAAAUAUCAGGCUGAAUGUAAGGGAAAAUAAAUUGCAUUUUUUUAUUGGUAACAAAAAUGGCUUAAAUGACAAAAUGGAUAUUGGUCAAUACAACUCUAAUACAGUCUGUUGACCCACUAACACUGGCAAAAGUUUACAUUUUAAAAGCAGCUUGCCAGUUUUGUGUAAUGCCAAAAUGUUGCCAUGAUGUGGUUGUAUUGUUUCCAAUAAUUGCAAAGCUGCCAGUGAAAAAGUGCUACACUAAAAGCUAAACUCCUUUACUUUGUGCAAGGUAUUUUAAUACAGCUUGGUGUUGUCAUUGAGAAGCAAGAAUGUACGUAGUGGAUUUAGAAGAAAAGGGAUGUUUGUGUUUUAAACGGAGCGAUUAACCUUUUUUUUUUCUUUUGCUGACUGUUUGAAGCCCAGACUCAGCUCUUGUAUUUAAAAGUCCUGUGUUUAAGCAAAAAUCAGACCUGAAUGCUCUGAUCAGUCAGCUACACUGCAUUAUAUAUACCGAUACUUUGAUGAAAUGAUUAUUUAUGUUCCCUCUGUUUGGUAUCAACACUGUGAUUCUGUGUGUUUCAUUCAAAUUGCUUCUCUUUUUACAUGAUUUGUGUGUUCAUUAAAUAAACAAUGUUGU